AUGGAAGCAGUAUGCAAAUUUCUACCGGUGGCGGUAUUCAUCCUGAAUUGUGUUAUCAUAGAAUUAGAAUGUGCUAUUGUUUUCACUCAUGUAGCGAGUGAUACCAUUGUUGUGCAAGGAAAGUCUUUAACGUUGCCUUGUUCUGCUGUAAACACUGGUAGCCAUGGUGAUAUCCAGAGACAGUGGACCCGGGAUGGUGUCCCUGUCACCAUCGGCUCACGGAUACAUCUCUUCCAGAACGGUUCAUUGUACAUUUCGCAGACGCUCCCUGGUGACGAGGGGGAGUAUGUGUGCAUCGCUAGUAUUAUAGGGCAACAGGGGAGCAAUGUAGAAACGAUACCAGCUAAUGUCUAUUUCGCUUUUAUAGACCCCGUAUUUUACCAUCCCGCAUCGCAGACAGUGACAGAUGGAGAACAGUACACACACUUGCAAUGUGUCAGCGGUGAUAGCAGACCUCCAGUUGAAAUCAACUGGGAAAAAGAUGGUGUUCCUUUUACGGAAGGUACUUCCUACCAAACUCUUUUUGGUAAUGUUGAAUCUAUCAAGCAGUCGGGUACUUUACAGAUAAAUAACAUCCGUGAAGAGCUCGCCGGACAUUUUCGGUGUGUGACGGUGAACCCCUUACUCCGGGAUCAGCCAGAGUAUAGUAACUAUGCAACGUUAACCGUGAAUCCGCGAGAAGGCCCUCCUUAUGUCGUCUUAUCACCGAGUAACAUUACAGUCGGUGUGGGCAGCCCAGCUAGUAUGGAGUGUCAGAUAAUAGGAACCCCUACCCCCACCAUAUCAUGGAUUAAACUGGGUGAAAUUGGAGCAAUAAUAAACUCACCAGCUCGAUAUGUCCAGGAUAAUACCUUGUAUAUUACUAGUGUAGACGAUGGGGAUGCAGGUGUUUAUAUAUGUACGGGUUCCAAUUCAGAAGGGUCUAUCUCCGCUGAUCCAGCUUACCUGAUUGUUGCAAGUAUGGGUACGUCAUUUUUACAGCAACCAUCAGACACUUUAGCUGUGUUAGGUACCACGGUUACAUUGAUUUGUCGUCCUCCUGUAAGCAAUCCACCCUCUGUUGUCACAUGGUACAAAGACAAUGCAAUAAUACAGGAGUCAUCACAGAAAAUAAUAUUAGAUAAUGGUGAUUUAUAUAUGCCAUCAGUGAUACUGUCAGAUGCUGGCGUUUAUUUUUGUGCUGCUACUAACAGUUACAUUCCUCGUACUUUGACGUCAAGAACGGCUACACUCAGUAUCCAAGUUGGAGCCUUGAUAACUAUUCCUCCGAGCAAUGCCCAGACAGUCAUACACGACAGGGUGAUGUUUACCUGCACAGCGGAUGGUGAUCCAAAACCAGAAAUAAAGUGGUAUAAACAACAGGAAUUGAUUGAUGAUGAUUACUAUGAUUCUCGAUACAGUAUCGGAUUUGACGGUGAAAGCUUAACCAUAACCGAUGUAAUCUACAAUGACCAAGGCACCUACGUUUGUGAAGCAAGUAAUGGGGUCAACGUUGACAGAGCCUCGGCUUUUCUGGAUGUUAUUGUUCCCCCACAGAUAGAUGUAGGUCCACCGUCUGAUUUAACAGCUCGUGUGGGGUCAGCUGUUCUGGUGAACUGUGAAGUGCUCGGUGAUCCCACUCCCACUGUCUCCUGGUUCAAGGAUGAAUUCCCACUUAUCUGGUCUGCUGAGAACACUCGCUAUAUAUCCACCCCACAAGGCUUACAGAUCAUGAAUGUCGUCACCAGUGAUGCCGGGGUUUAUAGAUGCCAUGCUGAAAACGAGGCGGGAAUUGCUGAGGAAAGCGGUGUGUUGAGAGUUGAAGAUGUCCCUGUAAUCACACAAGGCCCCCUCAGUCAGACAGUCAAUGAAGGACAUCUUCUUACUAUGACAUGCCAAGCAUCUGCAUUUCCUGAGCCGAGCUACUCAUGGCUUUAUAAUGAUGGAGAGAUGCUGCCCCCACAAGCUAUAGUUUCUCAAGAUGGUCGACAACUAUCAAUCCCUCAAACGGAGGACGAUAACAGCGGGACCUACACUUGUAGAGUAGAUAAUUUACAUGGUUACGACAAAGCAACAGCAACACUCUUUGUAAGAGUUGUGCCAUCAGUGAACCCACUUGAAGAUGUCCUCAUAGAACAAGGAGAGACUCUGUUGAUGACAUGUAAUGCACAGGGUAAACCUGAGCCAUCUAUCCAAUGGCUAAAAGGGGAUGAUUCAAUUACACCAGAUACCCGACUGACUUUACCUACCCACAAUACAUUGCAGAUUAGUCCAGUUUUAGCCAGUGAUGAAGGAGAAUAUCAUUGUAUUGCUCAUAAUCCUGCUGGUAGUGGCAGAACCACAUUUCAACUUACGGUAUCAGGUUUGACUACAGCUCUUCCUGUUUCCCCGGUAACCAUCAAGGCUCCUCACCUUACAUCCACAUCGUCCAUUGCGCAACCUCAGACAUCUCGAACAGAUUCACUAAUGCAUUCAGUCAAAGCGACUGAGCGACAGUCUACCCAAGUACCGACCAUUUCAACUCCUGAUAAGCCUCCUAAGGCUACCUACCAAACCUACGAAUCAACACCCAAACCACCCAUCGUUGAAAGCUCCUCAACUCCACAUUCCAGUAUACAAGGAACAUCCACAUUUCCAUUUACCACAGAGACUUUCUUCACUCUGUCAGUAACAGUUAAAGCCACAGCACCUUUAGUGAUGAGUGCUACAGCUGUGUCUACCAGUGAAGUCAUACUGACUUGGAUUCCGGGUACUAUUACAGAGACUAUUUUGUACUAUGUGAUACAGUAUGCACAAAGGUACUCGUCUGAUUGGCUGACGUAUCCUAACACUGCUCCGUACGUAGGUGGGACAGAGACCUACAGAGUAUCAGGGUUGCAAUCCAAUACAGAAUACAUAUUCCAAGUGUUAGCAAUGAAUCAAUAUGGAUUAAGUCAACCAAGCAAUCAGAUGGCAGCAUCUACCUUAUCCGACAGAAUAGGUCCAUCACCACCUAGGAACUUGCAGGUUAUUGGAGUGAACUCAACAUCCAUACAUUUACAGUGGGAAAUACCGGAGGAAAGAGACAGUGAUAUCGUAGCCUAUGAGAUACAGUUCAUACAAACAGACUUGAUAGGCGGUGGAACACUUGAAAUUGAAUCAACUGGUGUCUAUAUCUCAACUGCCGUCAUUUCAAAUCUUCUCACAUUCACCACUUAUAGACUUCGUGUCAGAGCUGCGAGUUUUUACGAUGGUGGUAUACGACAAUGGGGAAACUACUCCGAGUAUGUGCAAACACAAACACUACAUGGUGCACCACUAAAUUCACCCACUUUAGUUACCGCGGUGACAAUGUCCAGUACAAGUAUUCACGUCACCUGGCAGGAGCCAGCUGAAGAUAAUCAGAGUGGCGCCAUUACCCGAUAUGACGUUCUUCUUAUUGAGGCAGAUACUGGAGAGGAAACUAUGAUCGUCACAAGUGGUGAUACUUAUGAAACUAUUGUAACUGAAUUAAAACCAUGGAGAACAUAUGAUAUCAGUGUGAGGGCACAUAACACUGAAGGCCCUGGUCCAUACACUGAACCCGUGUUCACCACAACCUUAGCUGGAGUACCAACUGCUGCUCCAAUUAAUGUGAUGGUGUUCCCGAUUGAUGGUUUGCCGACACAGUUACGGGUCACUUGGGAGGAAGUUGCUGCUGAACACAAAAAUGGCGUUGUGGAUGGCUAUCUUAUGAUAUACCAUAAAUCGGACUCAUCCCCAAGUACUGCACUCAUGGUUGAUAUACCCGAUGGUGACCAGUUUGAAAUUAAUAUCACUGAUCUCUCACCGCACACUGAGUACAAUGUAAAAUUACUGGCUUAUAACAUUGUUAAUGGACAGAACUCUGGUGGGCCAUUUAGUGACGAUGUGACCGGAAAGACCACUGAAGGAUUGCCAGGACCAGUGAAAGAUGUUGUAGUUAUCAGGGGUUUUACUUAUCUUCUGUUGAUAUGGCAACCGCCAUCAAUUGCAGAUAGGAAUGGUAUAAUUAUUGGCUAUACUAUUAAAUAUAUCAUGGUCAUUGACACACAAGAUCCUGAUGUUUCAGAUUUUGAUGACAUUGGAGUAGAUUUCCGAAAUUCCAGCCAUGGUGCUGUGAUAACCACCAGCCCACCGUAUAACUUGACUGGUUUGAUACCAGAUACAACAUACAUAGUGUCCAUAACUGCUAGUACAUCUGCUGGUAUGGGAAUGCAGCCUGUGGUGAAACGUACAGGCACCACAUCAGGUGUGUCCCCCACUAGUAUACCCAGUGAAACCACAGCAAAGAAUGACAACUCUGCUGGUGCUAGUUCUGGUAUCACUGCAGACUGGUGGACGAUUCCUAAGAAAGAUAUGCCUGUCUUCAUUGGAGCAAUGGUAGCUAUAGCGCUGAGUUGUUUAGGAGUUCUUCUUUUUGGAUGUUGGUAUUGCCGUCAUAAGAAGAAGAAAUCUAAAACACGACAGGCUUACUUAAUCCCCCCUGCCAAUAGAGGCCAGAAAAAUAAGAAGAAAAGACAUUCAAGGACUCAAGGUGGUGGUGGUGGUGGUGGUGGUGGUGGAAAUAAUAGAAAAGUUGAAUUAGAAGAAACUGCGGGGCAUUCAAAUAAUAGGUAA